ACUCCCUCCUUCCUCCCUGGUCAGAGUCUACUAUGAAGGAAACUGGAGAAAUGACGAGGAAUAACGAAGCAGCCAUGCUACUGAUCAUCAUUGCUUCUGUUCUCACCUGUUCUGCAGCAGAUUUCUCCAUUGUCACCCCCAAUGCUUCAGUCUCAGCAUGGUUGGGUUCUUCAGUCAUCCUGCCCUGCAGUCUUUCUCCACCUUUAAACGCCAGAGAUUUUGAAGUUCAGUGGUAUAAGAAGAAGGAUUCUCAAAAGACGGUUCUGCUUCACCAAGAGCAAAAAGUCCAGGAGAAUGAUGUAGAUGAUCAGUACAGAGACAGAGUGUCUUUGAUUGGGGAGCUGGACAAUGGGAAUGUCUCUCUGAAACUGGACAACCUCAAAACAGCUGACAGAGGGGAAUAUACCUGCUUUGUAAAGAGCCUCAGAUGGUAUGAGAGGGGCAGCAUGAACCUGGUGGUAAAAGCCAUAGGUUCUACACCUGUCCUUUCAUAUCAGGAAGCUGGGGAACAACUGAACGUUUCCUGUACAUCAGACGGAUGGUCCCCCAAACCCCUACUCACCUGGAGAGACAGUACAGGGCGAGAACUCACGAACACUUACACUAAGUACAUUACUGACUCUGAAGGGUUGGUGGAUGUGAGAUCAUGGAUGCUUUUCUCUCCAUCUGACUCUGAGUGGAUCUCCUGUACUGUAGACUUAAACCUUCAGGGAAUGAAAGAGAGCAGAGUUGUGCCUAUGAAAAGUGAUCUUUCAGGAGGAUUCUGGUUUGAAGUGUUUAUCUCGACUCUAGUGCUUUCAGUAAUCGUCAUCAUAAUCUACACCAUUCUCCUGAUUUUACACCGGAAAGGUUUACUCCCACACUGUUCAUCUCGCAAAAAUGCAAAAGCAGCAGCUGAUUCUCAUGAAUCCUUACCUGGAGAGACGAUUCCUCUUAAAGCUACAGAGAACCUGCAUCAAGGUGUCUGUUCAACAUAUGAACCUUCAGAUUCUACUGAACAACAGUCUUGGAAAGACAGAUAUAAAGCGAGUCUCACACUGGAUCCAUCAUCAGUUCGACGUCUCUGAAAGUGUCUGCAGAUAGGAAAAUAGUUUACUGUAGAAAACCAAACAGUGGUCCUGAAUGUAAAUUUCCUCAUCUUGUGAGUAAAGAGGAGUGGAGUUCAGGGCAGCACUACUGGGAAGUGAUGUUGUGGGAUAAAACAUCUACAAAACCAAAAUCAUCAUGGAGUGUAGGAGUGAUUCAGAAACACACAACAGAGAACAUCAUCAGAACUCUGUGU